CGGAUGGACAGCUGAGAAUCAUGGAGCAAGAAGCGGCGGCGGUGAGUUGGAGAUUAAGAUGAUCAUCUCACGGCUUGAAGAUGGUCCCAACUCCUGGCCAUUCCAUGUUUCAGUGCGCUGCUCACCAUAAUGGCUAAAGUCUUCAUAACCUGGGCUCUGUUCGCAAGCCUUGGCUUGGCAACGACGCAAGUAGACCUGGGAUACUCAAUUUACCAAGGAGUCAAGAAUUCCACGACUGGACUAACUACGUUCCUGGGAGUCCGGUAUGCAGCCCCUCCAAUUGGUUCACUACGAUGGCAAGCUCCUCAAAGUCCGGCCGUGAAUCGUACCGUCAUGAGCGCAAGUUCCUUCGGUCCAAUUUGUCCCAACUCACCGUUGAGUCUUGGACCUUUUGGCUCUGUUGGAGCAAUUGCCUCAACUGAAGACUGUUUGUUCCUAAAUGUGUAUGCGCCAUCGAAUGCGAAGAACUUGCCAGUCCUGGUCUACAUACACGGUGGUGGAUAUGGGGCGGGGAAUGGGCAGCAAGACCUCAGUUCGAUAAUCAAUGGCAAUGGCAACAGUUUCAUUGGCGUCGCCAUACAAUAUAGGCUCGGCGCCUUUGGAUUUCUGUCAUCUGCGGAAGUGAAGCGCAAAGGUGUGCUCAACGCCGGUAUUCUAGAUCAGCAUUUUUCUCUGGAAUGGGUACAGAAAUAUAUUGCUUGCUUCGGUGGAGACCCAAACCGUGUCACCAUCUCGGGCGAAUCUGCUGGAGCUGGCUCUGUGAUGCUCCAUGACAUUGCUUAUGGCGGGACUCUUGGCACAUCUUUGUUCAUCAACUCCAUUACUGCCUCUCCUUAUACCCCGGAGCAAUAUGAAUACUCUGAUCCCGUUCCCACUGCUCUAUAUGAUAAGUUUGCCAUUGCCGCUGGCUGCCCCACUGGACCUACCAGUUUCGAAUGUUUAGUAGCACAAAAUAGCACGACUUUGCAAGAAGCAUCAUUCAAUGGCUUUACUCCUAUGACCGAUGGUACAUAUAUUCAGCAGCGACCCAGUCAAGCUUUGCUGCAAAAGAAGGUCAACGGUCUGAAGCAACUCUCUGGGAAUAACGCUAAUGAAGGCAAUUUAUUCGUGAUUUCCGGUAUCACCACAGAGAGUGACUUGGUAGCUUACGUGAACGAAACAUUUUUCAUGCUCACUAGUACCGAGCAAAACACCCUCCUCAAUUACUACUCAUUCAUUGCCGAUCCACAAGAGGCAGCAUACGAAAUAUAUGGCGAUGCUACCUUGGUCUGUCCCAGCUAUUGGUUGGCCGAGGCAUAUUCAGCGAAAGAUUCAUUGAAAGGCUACAAAUACCAGUAUUCAGUACCAGUUGCCCUGCACGGGACGGACACCGCUGCCUAUUUCGGCCCACCAACUGUGAAUCAAGGUCCCGACUUUGUGAAAGCCUUCCAAACCAUAUGGGGAAACUUCGUCACCAAGAACGACCCCUCGAUAAGCAACAGCAUCGCAAACGGUGCAGCUUCUCCAUCUCCACAUGCGCCAAAUCCGGCAAGUCAUUGGCCGCCAUACUCCAGAGCUGCUCCAGAAUUCAUUAAUCUUAAUGAGACGGGCGGUACUCUGGCGAAUGUCACAUCGCCUUUUGGAACGAUUGUUUUGGAGUAUAUCGAGCCAGGUUUGAAGAACAAUAUUACGUUGUUGAAUGCGUACACAUUCGAGAAUGAUAGAGGUGUCAGGUGUGAUUAUUGGAGGAGUAUUUCUGCUAAUGUUCCUGAGUAA